AUGGAUGCACAGAGCCGUUCAAGUCAGUGGGAUGACGUCACAUCCUAUCCAGUGGACCUUUCUCAGUACGACACACAUGGGCUCUGCAAAAACUACACGUUAAGGAGACACAAGUUCGAGGGCGAAGCCAAUGUAGGAUGCCAGGAAGCAAGGCGAGACUGGAUCGAAUACAUCGGACCAGUUGAACAAUUCGGCAACUGCAACCCCAUCAAUGGCAACUUUACUGCAGUGGUUUUUCCGCUAUGCUUACCGGAACGAAUACGCAUGGUCGCAUAUGUUGUUGAGUAUGCGUUUCUCUAUGAUAACAUAGUAGAAACAAUACGUCCAUCAAAUGGCAAAGAUCAUGAGCCAACUUGGAAGAACGGACCUCACAAAACGAACCCGGCCUUGGGCAAAAAGCAAAUCGAGGCAAAAAUGAUGCUGAAACUUGCAUCGACCGACGCAGCAUGCACCGAACGUCUCAUGCGUGUGUGGAAAGAAAUGUUGUCAACCACUGUACGGGACCAAAACAAGCAUUUCGCUUCGCUGGAGGAAUAUGUUGACUUCCGUAUCAUAGAUACUGGAGCUCUUUGGACUGAAGCCAUAAUGUUGUGGGGCAUGGGCAUGCAACUGACCCCGGAAGAAGAUCAGCAGCUUGCACCCGUAGUUCAACCCUGCUAUGCAGCCCUCGGUCUGGCCAAUGACUACUUCUCUUUCGACCGGGAAUAUGCAGAAUUCAAAGAGUCUGGAGCAGACACUCUGACAAACUCGGUGUGGCUGCACAUGCGGUGGCAUGGAGUGGACGUGGAGACUGCAAAAGAUAUGGUGAAGAAAGCGACAAGUUCCUACGAGCAAAAGUUUCUUCAACGUAUUGAAGAGCUCAAGCGUACCCACGGGCCCAUAUCCGAAAAGCUGGAUCGAUAUCUUCGGGCUCUCUCGUACAAGGUCAGUGGCAAUAUAGUGUGGAGCCUCAAUUGUCCCCGGUACCACCCAGAAUUCCGAUACGAUGCCAAUGCUGGUCUGGAAAAUCUCUUGACGGCGAAACAUUUACCUGCCGCUGGGAAUGUGGAGCGCAGUGUUGAAGUGCCUCAUAACGGUGGACUGUCCGAAAGAAGGGAUUCAUCAGAUACAGUGUCGACUUUUUCCGACGGGUCAGACACAUCAGCAGGGGAUGCUGCAUCGACUGCAUCCUCGUUUUCUUCGCAUAUUUCACAUACUGAGCGCAAACCGUCUGAAUCAUUCGAGCUGUCGAAAGAGAUAUAUCUUAGUUCAAAGCACGUCGAAGCGCCUUACGAAUACAUCACCUCGCUUCCUUCGAAAGGCGUUCGAGACGCGUUUAUCGACGCUUUGAAUAUUUGGUUAGAUGUGCCAGAACCAGCAGUCGCCAAAAUCAAGAAAGUCGCCAACAAGCUGCAUUCAGCAUCUUUGAUGCUCGAUGACAUAGAAGACAGUUCCGAAUUGCGCCGCGGCAAGCCUUCUACACAUACUGUCUUCGGUGUCGCGCAAACUAUCAAUUCCGCAAACUAUGCAAUUAUCGAAGCUGCAAAAGAUGCAGGGGAAAUAUGUCCAGAUGGUACGAACAUAGUUCUUGGGGACCUGCUUGACCUUCAUGUUGGGCAGAGCUAUGACCUUUGCUGGACGAGACAUGGAAGUUGUCCAUCGGAGGAUGAGUACGUUGAGAUGGUCACAAAGAAAACUGGCGGCUUGUUCCGGCUAAUCACGCGACUCAUGUUGAGCAGUGAUAUUGAAAAAUUUGUGGAGCUAAUAGGAAUCCAUUUCCAAAUCCGCGACGACUACCAGAACCUUCAAUCCGCAGAGGCAAGUCCAAGCCUCUCUCCUCUAUCUCACUCUACGACUAACUCUCCCUUCACACAGUACUCCAGCCGAAAGGGAUUCUGCGAAGAUCUAGACGAAGGCAAAUUCUCCUUCCCUCUGGUCCAUUUGUGGAAUUCGAAUCCGGAUGACUUGCAGAUACGUGAGAUUUUCCAGCAAAGGAGAGAUCGGGGUGGAUUAUCGAAGCCUCAUAAAGAGAUUGUUUUGGAGCGGUUGAAAGCUUCUGGGAGCUUGGAAUAUACGCGGAAAACGCUGGAACGGCUGCAAGGACAGACUGAGGUGGAUGUUGGAAGAUUGGAAGCGGAGAUGGGGAGGGAGAAUUGGGUGAUUAGAUUGCUGCUGAAUAAGUUAUGGAUUUAG